ACAACUCGCUCCAAACAAGAAGAAGAAGAAACCCGCGAGGGCGCUUAAGUUUCUUGUGUGCUAACUCGGAGGAGAAGCACGGCUACGAUCUAAAUAUAAAAACUAAUGCAUGAAUUUAGUAAUACAACAGCUUUAUUGGGCUACACGCUUGUUUUUCACAACUCUUUUUACUCUUCCACUAUUUUAACGCCAACAAAAUGGCUCCAUUCAAUCUAAUGACAUCUACAGUUAGCCUUUUAGCUAAGUCCUUCACGGUGUUCUACACGGGGAAUCCUGCAAGGUGUGCCAGUGUCUUCUGCUCUGCAAAUGUAAACCUGGUAAAGUAUUUGACCACUCAGGCCAGUGGUCCUCCAAAGAAACCUCUGAACGGAUACAUGAGAUAUGUUCUUCAGCAGAAGCCGAUGAUGACGAGUCAAAAUCCAGAGAUCAAAUUAAUGGAUGUCGUUAAGAAGCUUGCCCAGCAGUGGAGAACAAUGAGCCCGGAACAGAAGCAGCCGUUUCAAAAGGCCUGUCUCCAGGACAUGGAGCAGUACAAGUAUGACCUCGAGAAGUACAAGUCACAGCUGACCCCAGUCCAGCUUCAGAAUCUGGCCACAGAGAGAAUGAUGAAGAUCAAAAAACGAAAAGCCACAAAACAAAAGAGGGAGUUGAACAGUUUAGGGAAACCCAAAGGCCCUCGGUCUGCUUUUAACAUUUUUAUGUCGGAGCACUUCCACGAGGCCAGAGGAGCCACCAACCCGGCAAAAUUGAAGUGUCUGAGAGAGGAUUGGAAGAACAUGUUGGGUUACGAUAAACAGGUCUAUGCUCAACUAGCGGAGGAUGACAAGAUCCGUUACAAGAACGAGAUCAAGUCGUGGGAGGAACAUAUGAUGGAGAUUGGACGAGAAGAUCUGAUCCGUGAAAAGAAAAAAAUUGGGGCUAAACUUCCAGAAGUCAAAAGACAAACGAAGAAGACCAAAUCUAAAGCAGCAGAGAAGACCACCGCUGUAAAGACGUCGAAAGCACCCAGCAAGGCUGCACGAAGUAGCUCAGCAAAAACUGUCUCCACCAAGAAAACAUAAGUUUAUAACUGAAGCAAAAUCAUGGAUGUUUCUGUGACAUCUGAAGAGUUCUGAUGAUGCACAGUUAUGUUUUCUCUUUUGUAUUUCACUUUUUAUUUACAAAGUUCCAAAGUUGUCUCCCAUUUUUGCAGGACAAAACUCGUAAUAUCUAAACUGACUAGUAAUAAACUUAAUGUCUGUACAGUAACGAUGAUGACAAAUAAAGCUUGACUUGUUUCUGACAAAAUGUGAAUUUAUCUCUGCAUUAAGAAAUUAACUCAGGAUGAUCCUCGAUCAUUUGAUUGGGUUUAUUGUGACUGAUGCAGAGCUUGACUUUUUUAGGGAUUACAAACCUAUGAAAUAAUCCGUCCGUCUGCUCAGCUAUCAAGACUUUGAACUUGCACUGCUUGACUGCAAAGUUGAAGAGUGAAAACUGUUUGGAUCAUUUCAGUAUGAAU